UAUGGUUGUGAUUAUUAUAUAAUUAGGGAUUGUUACAAAGGAUGGCAUAUCUGAUAGAGUUUGCAGUUAUCAUUUAGACAUUUCGUUUUAUCGAUACGCACGAUACGUUGCUUAGCCACACAUCACGAGUACAUCACAGCACGUUACAAUCAUUAGACAGUUGUUAAUUAUCUGUAUCGAUUAAUAAUUAAUCGUCAUCGUAAUCAUUGUAUAAAAUAUUCAUAUUGUCAGAUUGUUUAUCACAUAUUUAACGAAUAUCAACGUGAGAUAUGGAGAAAACAAAGAAAACGGAGAAAUCAGUGUUGGAUUCUCAUCGAGAUUUCUUGGAUAUGGAUACGGACGAGGAAGAUUUUGGUGGACAAGAAAGUCUUGAAACCAAAGAGGAGCUUUCUUCCGAAACGAUUAAACCAAUCUUUAAUAAACAGGAUUUAGAUAAGUUGAUAUGUUUUGUAAAAGAUCUCGCAAUUCUUCCUUUUAUUAAAGAUUCAGAUUGGAAAGAGGAAUGUUGUAUGCUUAUUCGUGAAUAUUUCGAGAAUCCUGCUUGCACAUUAUUAUGUAUAUAUUUCCAAGUUGAUACACUGAAAGUGCAAUUAAGCAUUCCAGAGAAUAAUCAAAGUGAUUUCAUAUAUUUUUUGCGAAUUCCAUGGCAUGUAUUUACCAUCGACAAUUUUCACGCUACAGUUGUCUUUGGUAAUAUCAAUCGUAAUGCAAUGAUGUGCGUGUUGAAAGUAAUGGAAAAUAUGUAUAUAACCAUCGCACGCGACAGUGACGAAUGGCCAGAAAUUAUUAGAAAUGAUUUGUUCUUCAAUCUACAUAAUUUCCUAAUGUACUUAACCGAAUGGGUUUACAAGUCGAUAAAUUUGACCAAAUUAUAUAUUCCGGAAGAUAAUAUAGCUGAUACAGCGACACUGUCAAUAGACAAGAGAUUGAAUUUACUUGAGACAAAUAUGCAGCAUAUAUCUAAUGAGAUGCGGGAAUCGGAAAAGGCACUGAUUGACAGAUUCGAAGGGAUUGUGCGAUAUUGGAUUAAACAAAUACGAGAAAUAUUGGCGAGCACUUCCAUGUGCAAAAGUGAACGAACCAUAUAUAACGAAUCACAACGUUGGAUAGCGAGAUAUUUUAAUUUGAACUGUUUGUACGAUCAGGUUUCAAAUACAAAAAUUCAAUCGAUAUUGCAUCUAUUGGAGAACGCUUAUUCGCCGAGUGUUGAUUCCCUUCGACUUUUAAUAUUACAGCUUCAUGAAGGGUUAGAGCAAGCUGCGUCCAAUAUAACGUAUUUGAAUGUUUUAUCAGAGGCUUGUAAUGACCUGAAGUGUCCGGACGAAAUUGAAAAACCUGUAACGAGAAUAUUGUUUUUGAUAUUAUUUAUUUGGACUGAAUCACCGUUUUAUAAUAUAUCAAGCAACAUAGAGAUACUUUGUGAAGCUAUCAGUACACAGAUUGUAUAUCAAUGUAAAAAUUAUGUCAAUGUACAAGAGAUAUUAGAAGGCAACGCGGAAAAUGGUAUAAACAUACUUCAAAAAUGUAUUUGUUGUUGUCAAACAUAUAAAACUAUAUAUAAUAAGGUUAUAAAGAUAACUGCGCUCAUUAAAUCGAAUAGUGUCUGGGAUGUAAAUAGACAAUUAGUAUUUAAUCAUAUUGAUACGUUCAUACAGAGAUGUCAUGAUGUCAUCGAAAUAUGUAAUUCGUCAGUAGUAUUUGGAAGCAUAAUAAAUAUGAAAAUGGUUGUAUUAUCACACCUAUAUAUCUAUUGUUGCCGAAUAGAGAAUCUUUUCUAUGAAAGUCUUGAUAAAAUCAAGAAAAUUCGUGACGAUAUUCUGGAUGUUACAAAAUCUUCGUGGCUCGAAAAUAUGUUAAAGUUUAGAAACUUUAUAAUGGAAUUGGAGAACAUGGUAAAAAAUCUGAUCGACUGCAUAUUUAAAGAGAUCAAGAACGUUGAAGAAGGCAUUGAAGCUAUUUACGCUUUGCAACGCUUUAAAUAUAAAGAAUCUUUACGAAAUAUAUUAUCGAGAAAAUGGGUACAGGUGAGAGAA